CGUAUAUAUAGUAUAAUAUAAUACGUUACUUGUUGACUCUCAAUUACCAUGUGUUAUUGUUGAAUUUUUCUGUUAUAAUUAAAAUUCAGCUCACCAUAAAAUACAUUAUCCAAUUUGAUUUUCAUUAAUUAAAUAUAUAAAUAUACUAAGUUAUGGCGGAAUUAGCUGAUGAUGUUCCUUAUACUGAUGCUGCUACAGCUAUAUCACAAGGAAAACGGCUUCUUUUAGUUCGAGAUUAUACAGCAGCAGUAACAGCUCUUGCUGAAGGGUUAGAAUUACUAUCUCGAAAAUAUGGUGAAUUUGGAGAUGAAUUAGGAGAACCCUACCUACUGUACGGUCGUGCUCUUCUAGGGUUAGCUCGAUCUGAAUCCAGUGUUUUAGGUAAUGGUGUAUUAGGCUCCGAAGAAACAGAAAAUGAUGAUGAUGAAGAUGAUGACGAUGAAGAAGAUGAUGAUGAUAAAGAUGAAAAUGAUGAUGAUGAUGGAUGUGAUAAUAAUGAUGUAACCGGAGACGUAUCUAACAAUGUUAAUAAUAAAGAAAAAAAAUCCACUGAUACAGCAACUGAAAAUGCUUCAAGUGAUCAAAAAAGUAAUGAAGAUAGUGUAAGUAUAAAUAAUGUCGAUAACAUUCCAACUGAAACAACUUCGGAAAAUGGUGAUACAACAAAUCUUCAUCAAAAAUCAACUACAGAAUUAGAAAAUAAUGUCCCUGGUUCAAGUAAAGAAACAUUAGAAAGCAACGCUACGAGUUCUCAAAUUAAUCAAGAUGAUAAAAACUGUACAGAAAAUCAAGAAAAUGAAGAUGAAAAUAUUGAAGAUGAUGAAGACGAACCAAGUCGAGGUAUUGAUCUUCAAGUUGCUUGGGAAGUUCUUGAACUUGCAAAGAAUAUAUUUUUAAAACGAGGACCAACAGGAUACAAACACCUUGCAGAAACAUACCGGUUACUUGGUGAAGUAGCUAUGGAAAGUGGAAAUUAUGAAGUUGCUGCUUCUGAGUUCAAACAAGCCAUAGGAUUUCUUGAAAAUCUCAAACCCUACGAAUUCCGUGCUAUAGCUGAUUUACAUUAUCAACUUGGUUUAGUACAUUCAUCAAUCCAUGAGUUUGAUAUAAGUGUUGAGCAAUUUUAUAAAGCUAUCAAUUUAUUACAAAGCAGAAUAAAGCAACUCGAAGCCAUCCAAGGCACUCCAAAUGUCCCGCCAUCAGAUGAUCCGUUUUAUUCGAUUGAAGGAGAAAUCGCAGAGUUAAAAGAAUUACUUCCUGAAAUUCAAGAGAAAAUUACUGAUGCAAAAGACUUUAAACAGGAAGCUUGUCAGCGUUUAAUUGAUGAAAUAAAAAAAGGUGUCAAUCAUGCAAAUGACACAAACUCUCAUUCAUCGUCGAGUACUUCAAAAAUCGUAAAACCUACUAGUGACAUAUCUCAUCUUGUAAGAAAAAAGCGUAAAGCUAAAGAAUCUGAUAUUCAAAAUACUUCGCCAUGUAAGAAAACUUCUUAAUGAAGAUAAAUCGAUGAAUAAUUUACUUUUGUGUGUGUAUAUGUGUGGGUAUGUGUAAAUUUUUUUGUCUCGAUAUAAUCGUAAUACUCAAAAUAUUUUUAUUAUACACCUUCAUAUGAGUGAUUCAAGAUAAAACUUUCACAUUUUUUGUUUUUUUUUUUUUUUAGUUUCAGUUUUUCUUUAACAUACAAUGUGACAUUUUCAAAAAACUUAAAUAAUUAUCUUAAAGUGAA